AUGGGGGUUUCGUUUAAGGUUUCUAAAACCGGUAAGAGGUUCCGCCCCAAACCGCUCGCAUCAGACACCCCUGUCGGAAGAGGAGAAGAAGAAGACAUCUUAAUCUCAUCCUCAAUUAACAAAAGCGACCCCCCUUCCACUUCGACUCGAAAUCUCACGGUAGAGGCUGGUAAGAAUGGUGGUGUUACCGAAAUCUCUGAUAAUGAUGUUUCCUUCACUCUUAGCCUUUUCCCAGACGGAUAUUCUGUGGGGAAACCAAUGGAGAUUGAAUCUGGUCAUCAGACUGCUGUUGAUGUUCCAAAGUUUUUGCACCCAUACGAUAGAGCAUCUGAAACUCUAUUCUCGGCAAUUGAAUCCGGGCGACUGCCUGGAGACAUUCUGGAUGAUAUACCAUGCAAGUACAUUGAAGGGACACUUGUCUGUGAGGUGCGAGAUUACCGGAAGUGCUCUUCUGAAACAGGAGUUCCUCUGGCUUCCGGGGAUGCUUUACCUAAAGUCAAUAGAGUGCGUCUUAGAAUGUCGUUGGAAAAUGUAGUAAAGGAUAUUCCAUCUAUUUCAGACCAUGGUUGGACAUAUGGUGAUCUGAUGGAAGUGGAGGCCCGGAUUUUGAAAGCCCUACAACCACAACUUUGCUUGGAUCCAAGUCCGAAGCUGGAUAGACUCAAUGAUAACCCUGUUCCCACUAAGUUAAAUUUGGCAGUGCACAGCAUGAGGAGAAAAAGAUUGAGGCAGAUUCGAGAAGCUAUAGUCUCAUCGAAUAAUAAGAUCCAUGGGAAAAUGGUAUGUAUAGAUAGAGGGCCAGAAAGUUCAAGGUCGGGCGACUGGGGAUCCUUGAUGCAGCAGUCUAUACAUGAGAACUUGAACACUCAAAAUAAUGUUUCAAGCGCAAUGUUUCCACUAAGGACCAACAGCUUUGGGUCAGAUGUCUCCAUUUCAGUAUCUUCUCUGGUAUCCCCCCAGUCUAAAUAUCAAAUGGGGGUUGGGAGCCCAAGUCUUCUGCAGGAUCAGCGGUCUGGAGCUCCAUUUAAUUCAUCAAUAGCUUCACCUGCUGGGCAGGAUAUGAUCCCACUCACUGAUAAUGGCACUUCUUCUGUUCAUGGCAAAAGAGAGAACCAAGAUGGGCAACUAUCUCCACUUUCAAGCAAGAGGGGUAGGCUUACAGCUACAGGUGUUGAUGGUAGUCAACAUGUAGCACAACAAAUGGACAGCUUCAACGGACCAGAUUCGCACUGGAAGAAUGCAUCAAUGCAACAGCAACCAGUUGCAAGAGGGAUUCAGUAUACCAAUAAUAGUAUGAAAAAGUUCUCACAGCAGAUGUUUGAUGGAGGUCUAAAUCAGGAUGUUGGGGCAAUGCCGUUUACUUCUGGACAACAAGGAAUGAGAUAUGGUUUAAAGGAAGAACCAAUUGAGACGGAGAGAUUGGACAACAAGACAGAUCUCAGUCGGAUUCAUAUGGCAGAAUCAGAAAUAACCCAUAUUGAUCAGUCACGAUUACAGCAAAGAAUGCCACAGCAAUUUGGGAGAACUGGUUUCCCCCAGAAUCCAUGGAAUAGUCUUGGUCAGCCUCUCGAGAAUCAUUCUAGAAAGGAGGAUAUAUUCCAGAAGAGAAAACUAGUUCAAAGUCCUCGUGUUUCUGCUGGAGGUUUACCUCAAUCUCCCUUGUCAUCGAAAUCUGGAGAAUUCUCAAGCAGCUCAAUGGGACCUCAAUUUGGAGGCGUUGUGACUAGUGGACUUGUCUCAUCCCAAAAGGAAAAGUCUGCAGCGACAUCAGUUCCUCCCGGUGGUGUUGGUGGCACCAUGUCUUUGACUUCCAGUGCUAAUGAUUCAAUGCAACGGCAAAACCAGGCUGCAAAACGUAGACCCUAUUCUCUCACAAAAACUGCUGCAAUUAGCGGAGUUGGUUCUCCAGCUAGUGUUAGUAACAUGAACGCCACGGUCAAUGCAAACAGUCCUGUUGGAGCUCAGUUGGCCGACCAACCCAUGCUAGAAAGGUUCUCGAAGAUUGAAAUGGUGACUGAGAGGUAUCAACUUAACAGCAAAAAGAACAAGGUUGAUCAGUAUCCUAUCAGGAAACCGACGUAUUCUGCUCAACAGCUGGCGCUUCAUCUUUCCAGUGAUUCAAACAAUGAGAAUUUGAAAGAUGAAACGUGUAAAAUGCCAUUAUCAAGGUCCCUUGUAGGUGGGAACAUGAAUGUUCCCAAGACAAGGAUCUUAAUCUUUGUGCAGACAGAGCGCAUUCUUCAAGGUAAUGGUUUUCAACUUGUUCCAAAGGCACAAACUAGGAUGAUCAUGUCAGAGAAGCCGAAUGAUGGUUCUGUGGCAAUUCAUAUCGGGGAAAUAGAGGAUGCUGACUAUUUGGCUGCAGAGGAUCACCUUCCAACAUUGCCAAAUACUCACAUUGCGGACCUUCUUGCUGAGCAGUUCUGUUCACUGAUGAUACGUGAAGGAUAUCAUCAUGAAGAUCAUGUUCAACCAAAACCAGUACGCAUUAAUCAAGCCUCGACCAGUCAACUUAAUGGUCGGGAAAUCCCUUCAGGUAGCACUCCAGUGGAGAUGCAGCAGUAUUCUGAUGGAGUUUCUAGCCUCCCAUCCAAUGAUAUUGCCAAACCAAGUAAUAGUGGCAAUGUAUCAUUUAGUACAUCUCAGAAUAUACAAGGCCCACCAAUGGUGUCACCUUCUGGAAAUGCUCAGGUGAUGCAAAUCUCUCAAGGACUCUUGCCAGGGGUUUCAAUGACAUCCAGGCCUCAACAACCUGAAUUACUGCCUUCUCUGCAGCAGCAGCAGCAGCAGCAACCAUCACCACAACAUCAGCAGUCCUUGAUGCAACAGCAGCAUCCCCAGUACCAAAGAUCACCUAUGGUGUUUUCCCCAAAUUCUAUGCCACAUUUGAACACUAUUGGGCAGAAUGCAAAUAUGCAGUUGGGUGCUCAUAUGGCAAAUAAACCCUCAUCUCUCCAACUUCAGCUGAUGCAGCAGCAGCUGCAACCACAGCAGCAGCAGCAGCAACAGCAACAGCAACAGCAACAGCAGCCACAAAUGCAGAGAAAAAUUAUGGGUGGCCUUGGAACUGUAGGUAUGGGCAACAUUGGCAAUAACAUGGUUGGGCUUGGAGGCUUGAACAAUGUCAUGGGUAUAGGGGGCAUGAGGGGAGUGGGUGGAACUGGAAUUUCUUCACCAAUGGGGUCUAUUUCAAACAUAGGUAACAUGACACAGAACCCAAUGAAUCUGGCCCAGGCUUCAAAUCUUAGCAAUGCACUACGUUCUGGGACGACGCUUACACAAGCUGCUAUCAUGGCAAAGCUGAGAUUCGGUCCAAACAGAUCAAAUAUGUUGGGGGGCCCACAAGCAAGCAUCAAUGGUAUGGCUGGAGGUCGACAGAUGCACCCAGGAUCUGCUGGUCUUUCUAUGCUGGGCCCUUCUCUGAAUCGAGCUAAUAUCAAUCAGAUGCAACGCCCAGCUAUGGGGGCAAUGGGUCCACCAAAGGUGAUGCCAGGGAUGAAUAUUUACAUGAACCAGCAGCAGCUUCAGCAGCAACAGCAGCAGCAGUUUCAGCAGCAGCAGCAGCAGCAGCAGCUUCAGCAGCAGAUGCAAAUCCAGCAGCAGCAGGAAUCGACAUCACCACUGCAGGCUGUUCUUUCACCUCCACAGGUGGGUUCACCAUCAAGCAUGGGAAUUCCCCAUCAUAUGAAUCAGAAUCAGAAUCAGCAGCAGCAACAGGCCAGUCCCCAACAAAUCAGCCAGAGAACUCCGAUGAGCCCACAACUUAGUUCAGGGGCUAUACAUCCAAUGAGUGCAGGUAAUGCAGAAGCUUGUCCAGCAAGUCCUCAGUUGAGCUCACAGACCAUGGGUUCGGUAGGUAGUAUCACCAAUUCUUCCAUGGAGUUGCCAGGUGUCAAUAAAAAUAACUCUGUUGGUAAUGCAUAG